AUGUCCACCUACGAUGCCCGUGGUCUUUUCCUCAAUUCAGUACCGCUUCUCAACCCAAAUCUUUUCGCCGAAGCUGCUGCGUCAGAUGAGCGCCGUGCUAGUGGGAAGCUUCUUAGCAAGCUUAAUGGUAUACCAUAUACACUCAAAGACGGCUUCAAGUACCUCGGCAUAACUGUUACGGCGGGCAGUCUAGCUUUCGCUAAUCUCUAG